CAUGGUGCUAGCAGGGGUGCGGACGUCCCCCGGAAGCUGUUCUUCUUCUUCUCCGUCGUCGUAGAAGGAGGAGGAGGAGGAGGAGGCGGUUUCUCGGGUAGUGCCACGUUGAUGGAGACCAGUGGGGACGUGGAAAUCCUUGUGCAGUCCGCCGCCCGGACCCGGUAGCCUCCUCUCCUGGUGCCUCCACAGCCGUGUACCCUUGAGCAAAUCCGAAAGGGGGAACUCGCACCGUGUUGGUCGGCCGGGUUUAUGUUGGCGUUCAUGUGAGAAGGAGCAAAGAAGGCAAGGUCUUUUUAAAAGGCUCCGGCAGCACUGACUUCGCAGGAUGAAACUCAAAGAGAUCAACCGCACGGCCAUCCAGAGCUGGAGUCCUGCUCAGCACCACCCCAUCUACCUGGCUACAGGAACAUCUGCCCAGCAGCUGGAUGCCUCCUUCAGCACCAAUGCCUCCUUGGAGUUUUUCGAGCUGGACUUGUCCGAGCCGUCUCUGGACAUGAAGUCAUGUGGCAGCCUCUCCUCCACUCACAGAUACCACAAACUGGUGUGGGGUCCUUAUGGGAUGGACUCCGACUGUCACCCGUCCGGUGUCCUCAUCGCAGGAGGCGAGAACGGCAACGUCAUCCUGUACGAUCCUGCAAAGAUCCUCGCCGGAGAGAGCGAUGUGAUCAUCACGGAGAGUGACAGGCACACGGGGCCAGUGAGAGCGCUCGACGUCAACCCGUUCCAAACAAACCUGAUUGCGUCAGGUGGGAAUGAGUCUGAAAUCUUUAUCUGGGACAUGAAUAACUUUGGUUCUCCAAUGACGCCAGGACCUAAAACUCAGCCUCUGGAGGACAUCAGCUGCGUGUCGUGGAACAGGCAGGUCCAACACAUCCUAGCCUCUGCCAGCCCGAGUGGCCGUGCCUCCGUGUGGGACCUCCGCAAGAAUGACCUCAUCAUUAAAGUUAGCGACCACAGCAACAGAAUGCACUGCUCCGGACUUGCCUGGAACCCCGAAGUGGCGACUCAGCUGGUCUUGUCCUCGGAGGACGAUCGCCUGCCAGUCAUCCAGAUGUGGGACUUGCGUUUUGCCACCUCUCCUCUCAAGGUUCUGGAAAAUCACACCCGGGGUGUCCUGUCCAUCGCCUGGAGCUCGGCUGAUCCCGAGCUGCUCCUGAGCUGCGGGAAGGACAGCAGGAUCCUGUGCUGGAAUCCAAACACAGCAGAGGUGCUGUACGACCUACCCACCAGCAGCCAGUGGUGCUUUGACAUCCAGUGGUGCCCUCGGAACCCCGCGGUGCUGUCGGCCGCCAGCUUCGACGGACAUAUCGACAUCUACUCCAUCAUGGGAGGCAGCAGCCAGGCUCAGAGCCAGAGACACGCUGACCAGAUAAGCACGUCAUUCGGGAACAUGGAUCCCUUUGGGACAGGGCAAGCGUUGCCCCCGCUGCAGCUGCCCCAUACUCCUGCACCUCCUGCUGCAGUGAACCCCCUGAAGAAGCCACCCAAAUGGAUCCGCAGGCCCGUCGGGGCCUCGUUUGCUUUCGGUGGGAAGCUGGUAUCUUUGGAGAACGCAAAGCCGAACCCUCAGCAGCCGCAGCAGCCCGCUUCACAUGUCGUGCACGUCAGUCAGGUUGUCACAGAAACGGCCUUUUUGAAGCGCUCUGAUCAGCUGCAGGCCACGCUGAGCACAGGCGGCUUCGUAGACUUCUGCCAGGAGAAGCUCCAUGCAGCUGAAAACGAGUUUGAAAAGACAAUCUGGUCUUUCCUGAAGGCUAAUUUUGAAAGCGAUAUCCGCAGCAAAUUCCUCGAACUUCUGGGAUACAACAAGGAGGAGUUAGCUGUAAAGAUUUCAGCAGCACUGGAGGAAAAACCUGCCGAUCCUCCGAAGGUGGCGGUGCCUGCUCCAGUCGUCACGCAGCCUUUACCAGACCUCAGCCUUCUGCCGUCUGCUGACAAUCCUGAGGCGGCGUUCGACAUGAUCGCCGCAGCAAACCUUCAGCCGGCUGCCACACUUGACCUGGACCCCACUCCCGGAGCAGAGAGUGAAAAGUCGGAAGAAGCGGAUCCAGAAAACGAUCUUCCUAACAGUGAACCGGAAGAAAACGUGGACCAGGUUCUCCCAGAGGGGGAGGCUGAGGAUGAGAAGCAGGAGAAGGUGGAGGAGGAGGAUGAUGUGGUGGUGGAGGAGGUGGUGAUGGAGGAGGAGGAGGAGGAGGAGGAGGAGGAGGAGGAGAUCCCCUUAGAGGAGGAGACUACAGCCCCAGUGGAGGAGGAGGAGCAGGAGGAGGAGGAGCAGCAGCAGCAGCAGCAAAGUCCAGCUGAGACCUCAGCUCCAGUUCAGGAGGCCGCUCAGGUCCCAGCCCCUGCACCAGCCCCUUCUCCUGCAUCAAUUCCUGCACCAGCCCCUGCAGAAGGAGUCAGUCUCAGCAUCAGUCAAGAUGUGGACGGGCUGAUCACGCAGGCUCUGCUGACCGGAGACUUCGAGGGAGCCGUGGACCUCUGUCUGUACGACAACCGGAUGGCCGACAGCAUCAUCCUGGCCAUCGCCGGAGGGGCCGAACUCUUGGAGAAAACCCAGAAGAAGUAUUUCACAAAAACACACAGCAAGAUAACCAAGCUGAUCGGUGCAGUGGUGAUGAAGGACUGGCAUGACAUCCUGAAGACCUGCGACCUGCAGAACUGGAAGGAGGCGCUGGCUGCCGUCAUGACCUAUGCGCAGCCUGAGGAGUUCACUUCCCUCUGUGACCUUCUCGGGGGCAGACUGGAAGCAGCAGAGGUCGCUCAACUGCGAGCACAGGCCUGUCUUUGUUACAUCUGUGCUGGCAAUGUGGAGAAACUCGUGUUGUGUUGGACCAAAGCUCAGGACGGACACUGUCCCCUCUCUCUCCAGGACCUGGUGGAGAAAGUGGUGGUGCUGCGCCGCGCAGUGGAGCAGACCCAGCGCUCUGGUCCCGCUGCUGUUGGCAUCUUACUGGCUGAGAAGAUGAGCCAGUAUGCCGACCUGCUGGCCUCGCAGGGCAGCCUGUCCACCGCCAUCACCUACCUGCCUGACAACACCAACCAGGUUGCCGUACAGCAGCUUCGUGACCGCCUCACCCGGGCUCUGGGGCAGCAGGCGGUGGCCCCUGCUGCUCCCGUGCAAACCCAGAGGGUCCAGUCUCGGUUGCCUGCCGCUCAGAAUCGUCAGGGCUCCGCUCUGCCCCGCCAGCCCUUCACCCCGCUCAAGCCUGCCAUGGUGCCUCAGCCCACUUGUUCGGCUCCAGUACCCAUGCUUACACCUGCCUCUGUGCCGGCUCCUCAGCAAUAUUACCAGCCAGUGAGGGCUGCCUCCACUGUCACAUCCUGGAGUAACCAAACUCCCACAGCCCUCCCCAAUGUCCCUCCUCCUCUUCAAGUAGGCAGCGCCUCAGAGCAGCAGGCGGAGCCUUCAAACCCCAUGUAUGGGAUGCCAGCCUCCUGCUCAGCUGCUCCGCCUCCUCCCUCCUCCACUCCCGCUUACAUGUUCUCCCAUCAGUACCAGCCCUACCCCCAGGUCAGCCAGUACCCACCUGGAGCUGGGGGGGCACCUAUCUAUCAGCCCCUUCAGUACUCAUAUCCCCCUGGAGAGCCCUGCUCCCCUCCUCCUCCUCACCCGCCCGGCUUUCUCUCUCAGUACACUCAGCCGGUGCCUCCCUUCUAUCCCGGACAGCCUACCAUCAGCCAAUGCCUGUCCUCCUCUCCGCCCUCCCAUCCUCCUUUCUUUCCCACUGCCUCCUCCUCGUCCUCCUCCUUUUCUGCUCCUCCUUCCUCCGGAGCGUCUUUCCAGCAUGGCGGGCCAGGAUCUCCUGUGUCGUAUAUGCCACUUCCUCCACCAGGCGAAUUCUCAGGGCCACAGAACGGCUGGAAUGACCCCCCAGCUCUGAGCAGAGUACCAAAGAAGAAGCAGGUUCUAGAGAACUACACUCCCCCUGCGCCCAUCACUGCUCCCAUCAUGGCUCCGCUGGGUGGUGACCCUCAGGCGCAGUCCUCUGGGGCCCCUCAGGCCAUGGUCCAGGGCCCGCACGGUGCCCAGAUCCCUUACUCAGGCAUGAACCAGCAGCAGCAGCAGCAGCAGCAGCAGCAGCAGCAGCAGCAGCAGCAGCAGCAGCAGCAGCAGCAGCAGCUCUCCCCUCCACCCAUGAACCCUGCAAUGCCCAAGACCAGUAUGGAGGGAGCACCGGGAGCUCCUACUGGUGAUGUCAUACAGCCUCUGCAGUCCAUCCCCGCUGAGAAGAUCACGAAGAAGCCGAUCCCCGAUGAGCACAUGGUGCUGAAGAACACGUUCGAAGGGCUCAUCCAGAAGUGCUUGGCUGUGGCUACCGACCCCCAAACUAAGAGGAAGCUCGAUGACGCCAACAAACGUUUGGAAGCACUUUAUGACAAACUCCGAGAGCAGACGCUCUCUCCGGCCAUCGUAGGAGGACUCCAUAACAUCGCCAGGACUAUAGAGUCCCGAGCCUACACGGAGGGCCUCAACAUCCACACCCACAUAGUCAGUAACAGCAACUUCAGCGAGACCUCAGCUUUCAUGCCCGUACUCAAGGUGGUGCUGACGCAGGCCAACAAACUCGGGGUCUGAUUGGGCCAAAAACUAGAAACAUCACCACCUCCAAACUCCUUUGACCGGCCGACGGUGGAGCGUGACCAGUCGUAGUUAACUAGUUGUUCACUUGUUUCAAGGGGAGCUCCUUUUGACUUGCAUUGCAAACGAUGAAGAAUUCUGCGGCGUAUGAAAAACACUGUUAAAUUCUUCUUUGUGCCAUUCACGCUUUUUGACAACUCGAACACAAGCCAUGCUAAAGUAUCAGUCGCACUCGACGGGGGGAGGUCAAUUCACAGCCCGGUGCAAACAAAUGCACACAACAGUCAAAGCGCUAGAGACUGUUUUCAUUUUUCUAUCUUUUUUUUUUAAUUCUGAUUUUUAGUAAUAUGCAUUAAUGUAUAAUCUUAGAAUAAUUACUAUUGAGUCAAACUAAAUCUCCAAGCUGACCAGCAAAAUGUGAGGAAUCCAGUUACCGCACUUUGGCUAUGGAAAUAAAUAAAUAAAUAAAUAAAUGAAUAAAUAUCUUUGGUAACUAAUUUGUAGACUUUAUUGGAUGCAAAGGAAUGAAAACAAAAAUAGGAAAAGCAACAGGAGAUUCAGGAAUCUACUCCUGUUGAGAUCAAUUGACUAUAAAUGUGGUCAGUUAAAAUAAAAAAUGAAAUCCUUCUUUAUUAUUUUGGGAUUAAUAGCAGACUGUAGUUCUCACAGUGCUGCCGGCUUUUGGCUCCCCACUGCGCGACCACGCAGACAACAAUCGUUUACGAAAUAUUCGCUUGUUUCAUCUUUAUAGUCUUUCAAUGUUUGUGCAAUACAACAAUGCUCAAGAUACCUUUACAUACAAACACACCCUUUGCCUGCAUGCACUUUUGCAGUAGACCUGCAAAAGUAGCCACAGAUGGAAUAGAGAAGAAGAAGAGAAGCGUUCCUCGUUCGUUUUAAACAGCAGGGGACAGAAAAUGAAUUAAUUUUAAAAGACAUGUUUUAAACCAGUUGUCCCUCUCACGGCAUUUAAAGCAGCAUUAAUGUUUGGGAGUGCCACUUUUUUAAUGUUCAUUAAUAAUGCCAUUUGCUAAUACUCUAAACCUGCUUCUAAUGGCUCACUUCACACCCGGUGUCACUACAUACGACACGCUGGACCAAGAUGUCGUCAGUGUGCGGGAUAUGUCAAUGCAGCGCAAUGCAAUCCCAUUUGUCGAUGAUUUAUUUUUGUUGUCCUCUGUUUUGUUUUCUCCUCUUAAUCACGAGAGCAAUGGCCUUUUUAAAAAGAAACUGUGCUUUUAUGAAAUAUUUGGAAGUUUGCAUGCUAAAACGCUCGCGAGUCGUCUUUUAAUGGCAUCAGAAGUCAUUUUCUGCUAAUUAACCAGAGCUCAGAGGGAGACGGGAAACAGACUUGUACUUGAUUUUCAUUCCAACUAUGAUGAGGGCUGCAAUCUGAGUGGCCAAACUUCGGUUUAUGUUGUUAAUAAAAGAAAAAAAGGAAAAGAAACAAGUCUUUGUUUUAGAUUGACUACAUGCAAUAUUUUCAAUAAAUAGUAUUUAUUUACAACAUGACGCAAGGUUGUUUUGAUUUGAGUUGCUUUGGCAAUAUUAUAUGGUUUAACUUUAUUCUGCUCGUCCGCCUGAAGAGAGUUCACAUUAUUUGUAAAAUUUCGUUCAUCUUGUCCAUUUAAAGGGGCAGUAAGCGAUUCUAUAGCAAUACACGUUUCGUCAAAAUCAGCGAAUGUUCAUUCGCGGCCUGCCAGCUGUCGGUUCUGUGUAGGUGCGGAAAAAAAUCCGGGCCUCUUCUCAGCCCUGGCUCUGUAAAAGCAACAAAAUAAAUGGUGCAGACCACACAACACUGCGAGUGCAGUUUGUAAACCUUAAGAGACGUGCUCGCGAAAAGAGACAAGCUUUCUCCAAAAUCGCUUACUGCCCCAUUAAUGGUCAACUUGAGCCAAGCAGGCGAAUUGUUGAAUCUCACUUAAUAACUUGUUGAAAUGUCACAAAUACUCUGUAAACUUCCUGUGGGUGGACUGUUCAAAUAAAGUGUAACCUGUUCUACUAUUA